AUGGAGUGGCUCGUACCAUUAUCCCCGCUCGCGAUGGGGACCUUUUCUUCCCAGUAAGCGUCGUUUCGCCCUCGUUACUCUCCGAAGAAAACCGUAUAUUGCUUGAAGGUGAAACCGAUACACGUUUCGUGCCACAAAACCCGCCGUCAGCCUGACCGGACUAGAUUGUACGCCCAUUUUCUCCACAUCCACGCGGAGAAUCCCUUUGGAAAAAAAGUGGCUGGAUUCUUCUCACGCCGCCGCCUCUUCCAGCAGGAGGAGUGUGUUUGAUAUCAGAGACGGUGCAACCAUGGAUCUGACCAGAGGAUUUAAAUUCUUGGACUCUGUGGCUCGCUCUGCAGCCCAGUAAUGAUGGAAAGAAAAUAAGCGGAAUUUCAACAAACCUAUCAGGUAGUGGUAUCGCAGCAAAAGGAUGCCGCUGGUGAAGCGCACAAUUGAGCCCAGGCACCUGUGCCACACAGUGCUGCCAAGAAACAUCAAGAAUGAGCUGGAGUGUGUGACGAACAUCUCCUUGGCCAACGUCAUUCGCCAGCUCAGUAGCCUCAGUAAAUAUGCAGAGGACUUGUUUGGAGAGCUGUUCAAUGAAGCCCAUACCUUCUCCUUCCGGGUCAACUCCCUGCAGGAGCGGGUGGACCGGCUCUCCAUCAGCGUCACACAGCUGGACCCCAAAGAGGAGGAACUGUCUCUCCAGGAUAUUACGAUGAGGAAGGCCUUCAGGAGCUCCACCAUUCAGGAUCAGCAGCUCUUUGACCGGAAGUCUCUGCCCGUCCCAAUGCAGGAGAGUUUCCACACCUGCGAGCAGCCGCCGCCCCUAAACAUCCUCACACCCUACAGAGAUGAUGGUAAGGACUGUCUGAAGUUCUACACCAAUCCAUCAUACUUCUUUGACCUGUGGAGGGAAAAGAUGCUGCAGGACACAGAGGACAAGAGGAAGGAGAGGCGGAAACAGAAACUGGAAAUGCCUUAUCUUGUGUGCCCCAAGAGCCUUAUAAGAGCCCCGUCUGAAACCCCUCAUCCCUUCUUUACUCCCCCAGAGUUGCAGGACCCCCGCAUGUAUGAUCAGGUCUAUAGGUACUUAGACCUUCCAGGGCAGAUGAAGGCAAUCGACCGUCCGCAGGAGCCGGAGAAGAUACCGCGGGCACCACACGACCGCAAGAAGGAGUGGCAGAAACUGGCGCUGGGCGCAGAGCUCGCACAGGACGUGCCGGAAGACAAACACCGAGAGGCUAACGGCUCUGCUGGUUACCACGACAACAGGGCUGUGUCGUAUAUGGAGCAUCUGGAUGGGCCUUUCUCGCUGGCGGCGCUGCCCUACACCCAGAUGAACGAGCUGCUGAACCGCACCGGGGACAGAAUGUACUCCCGACCCAACGACCCUCCGCCACUGCCACCUUCCAUGCACCCACUGGGAGAGAUCAAGCCACCCUCUGUGAUCAGCUCCAGUUCAGGUUUUUCCGACAGCAGACCUCAGUCUCCAGCGAGGACGGGACUCCACUCCAGCACUCCCCCCCCUCCGCCUCCCCCCCUCCCUCCGCCUCCUCCUCCCUUACCCUCCACAGGCCUGCGGGGCACCCCCCCUCCCCCUCCCAUCCCUCCUCUACCGGUCCAGCGGCAGCCCCUGGCCAUCCCGCCUCCCCCGGCUCCGCUCCAGAUCGCCCCGGGAGUGCUCCACCCGGCACCGCCCCCCGUGGCUCCGCCCCUCCACUCCUCAUCGCCGGCACGUCUCCAGCACGUCCUGGACAAGGGUCCGUCCGCAGGGACCGGCACCCAGUCCGACGGCACCAUCUUGCCUCCCCCUCCGCCGCCGCCUCCUCUCCCCCUCCCCGGGGCACGGAGCUCAUCACCGUGUCUGUCGGGGGCUCCGCCCGCGAUGGCCUUCCCUUCAGCGGCAGCCAUGGCCUCGCCGCCGCCCCACGCCAUGCACGAUGUGGGAUCCAAGAGGCACCACCCAGCCAGUCUGCCACCCAUCAGCGACGCACGCAGCGUCCUGUUAGAGGCCAUCAGAAAAGGAAUCCAGCUACGAAAAGUGGAGGAGCAGCGAGAACAAGAGGCUAAACACGAGCGAGUCGGGAACGACGUGGCCACCAUCCUCUCCCGACGUAUCGCUGUGGAGUACUCGGACUCGGAAGACGAGUCUGAGUUUGACGAGGGAGACUGGAUGGAGUGAAACCUGCCGGGGAAAGAAAGAAAGAAAGAGAGAGAGGGUGAGAGAGAGCAGCACCGGCAGCAGAAGACAGAUGUGUUCAGGUGGCCCAGCCACCACCGACACCCCACCCCGACACUCCACCUCUCACAAUCAAAGAAGAACUUAUGCCCACGUUUCCUCGGAAGUUUUCUUUUUUUAUCUCGUCAUAUCUGUCUUGUUGUGGUUGGUGUUGAGUGGAGAGUCUCCACGUCGCCCUCGUCGGCCCAUCUAGUGCUCCAAGAGAAUUUGUCGAUUUUGUUCUUUUCUGCACUACCACACAACCUUGUUUCUGGUGGAUUUCUGCUGUGGAAAUCCCCCAUGUUUACUGUUGUUAUACAUGAAGGUAACUUUUUGAAGAGCCACUUGUUUUUUGUUUUUUAUCUGUACGUUGAUGUUCAAAAACACAGAUUAAGAAAAAGGAAAUACGAGGGCAUGUUGCAUCGGUCUUUAGUUCUCCAACAAAUUUUCACCACCUAGUGGAUGAACAUGGUAUUGAGUGAAUGCUGCUUUCGUUUAUCUUUGUUUUUUUUUUAAUUACUAUGACUUUUUCCUCUUCCUUCUGCUGCAUUAACAGUUUUAGCAGGACAGAAAUGACCCUAUACUGACCACUACACAAACACCAACUGGAUUGUUUUGUUUCCACAUCUAAGAACAAACAACCCGAUUGUGAUGUCAUGUGAUGAUUGUUGUCCGGUUGAAAUGAAGAUGGAAGUAUGUGGCUGCUUCGACCGCAAAUGUACAUAUCUUUUUACUUGGCUUUACCCCAGGGAAACACUUGCCAAGAGAUUGCUUUUUUUUUAGUGUGUCCAGUUUCAGCGGAGCUGCUUCUGCCGACUCUGACAUCAGAAGACGUCAAAAAGAAACCUAAAGCCAUUGAUUAUGAAUAUAUUCCGCUUUCAUCAUUCUCUCUUUUUUGCCACAGAAUUGGACUCUGGAUUAUUUUGAAGCUGUGGAUGUGCGUCAGAACUCCUGCCUCUUUUAUUAUUGUCCCUGAUAACUGAUCUGUAUCCAGAGAAGAACCGGACCAACACCAGGUACAAACCGUUCAGUGUCACUGAAGGCAGCUUUUUCCUCGGAUCUCCCUUUACCGCGUACCUGCCCACGAAGGAGACGCCGCUCGUCGUCUGGUACUGCAGCAGCAGCAGCUGAUUUACAGGAGGAACAUUUCUAUGCGAUACUGCCUUUUCCAGGUCCAGCAGAGAACGGUGCAUUACGCCUUGUUUUGGCUCAAUUCACAGAAAGCGUCUGCCAUCCUGUUCCAUGAGGUUUUUUUUUUUUCUUUUUCUUCUUCUUCUUGCCUUAUUGUUCGUAUAAAAUGUAUCGUUGAGUUCAUGAAUGUAUUGUGCUGUUACUACUUGCUUGCCUGCGCUUGUAUGGAUUUGCUGUUUCUAUGUUUGGGCGGGGGGUGGGGUUACGGAGAGACCCUGGUUAAAAAAAAAAGUGAAAGAAAGAAACAUUAGAUCAAUACUGUAUACCAUGUAACUUAUGUAACUGUUAACUGUAACAGUUUGCUUGAAUUAAUAAAAAUCUAAUGUUA